UGUGAGCGGGCAGUUCUGGGUCUGGUGUCUGCUGUCCCCAAGCGGUCCUUCUGGGUACUGCCAGAAUGAGAGGUGGGAGAGGAGGACCAGCCAUCACUGAUUGGGAGGAUCAGUUUGGUGAAGACACCCGGUACAGCAGGUGGAGCAGGAAGGGGAGCAUUAAGACCCAGGAGUAGUGGAGGACUGCAGCAUCGAGCUGGAAGAAGAGAAGUAGGCGGUGGCGGGUGGGGCGGGAGCCUUUUGGUACCUUGGUAGCAUCUGAAACAGCAUCAGCCAUAACGACAGAAAUGGCCAGUCAAUCCCAGGGUAUCCAGCAGCUCCUGCAAGCGGAGAAACGCGCAGCUGAGAAGGUGGCAGAUGCCAGAAAGAGGAAGGCCCGGCGUCUGAAGCAGGCAAAGGAGGAGGCACAGAUGGAAGUGGAGCAAUACCGCAGAGAGCGAGAACAAGAAUUCCAGAGCAAGCAGCAGGCAGCCAUGGGCUCCCAGGGGAACCUGUCUACCGAAGUGGAGCAGGCUACAAGGCGCCAGGUGCAGGGCAUGCAGAGCUCCCAGCAGAAAAACCGCGAACGCAUCCUGGCUCAGCUUCUUGGUAUGGUCUGUGAUGUCAGGCCCCAGGUCCACCCUAACUACCGGAUUGCUGCCUAGGACCCAACCUAGGGCUGACUCCUCCUGCCAGUUCCCUCCCUCAAAGAAAUCCCCAAAUCAAAAUCACUUCCACUGUAAUCCUACUCUCUUUUCCAUUUCCCAGAAAUUCUAGGAGGCUGGACCUGAUAAUUCUUCUUCUUAUAAGUAUCUUGCUCAGACCUGAAUCUCCUUAUUAUUCUUUAACGGUACCUUGUAGACUCCCAAGUCACCCCUGCCCAACUUCUCUAUGAAAUUUGCAGCAUGGAGAAUUAGAGAUGUAAAAAACAUCCUGAUUCCAGAGCCUGGCAGAUUAGACUCCCUCUCCUGACCCUGCCAUUUGUUGGCUGUGCGACCAGGACAAGCUGUAGCCUCAUUGUCCUCCUCUGUGAGACUGGAAUAAUAAUAUCUACCUUUUAGGGUUGUUGCAGUGAUUAGGAAUUAAUUAUUUUGUAAAGAGCCUAGCAUGGUGUCUGGCACGUAGUAGCUGUGAUUCAAUUAAUGGUAACCCUGUGAUAUUAUUACCACUCCCUGCCCACCUGCCAAAACCUAAACACAGCUAUUUCUUCACUUUUGUCUAUGGCUCUCUAAUUCUGCUCAUUCAUUCUGUGACCCUAAUAAUUCUCUGAAGAAUUGCUUCUUCCCACUUCUCUUUCCCCAGAGACCUUAUGAUCCCUGAAAAGAUGACAUGUUCCUAUAUAGUCCCUUUCUGUGGUUCCAGGAAGAUGUUGCAUUUCUUAGUCUCUCUAAGUUAGUAUUUCUCUUUAUUGGAUUUCUCCUUUUUCUUAUUCACCCAAAGACCUAUCUGAUGGUCGCUGCUUCCUGAGAUCUGAAGUGAUGCUAUGUCCUCUCGUAUGCAUGGACUUCUUUUGUAACAAUAAAAAAGUGUCAAUAAAAUAACUAUGGGCAAAUCAA